AUGUGCUACACCUUCGCUUGCCGGCUACGAAAGCUCUUGGAGGUGCAUGUCUUGAUCAUGGAGUAUCCCGGCUAUGGGAUUUGUCCUGGCAAGCCGUCAGAGGAGAGCCUCCACAAGGCGUCCCAAACUUGUUUGAGCUUUGUGACCGAGGUGCUGCGCAUACCGCCAUCAGACGUCAUCAUCGUGGGGCGGAGUUUGGGUGCUGCAGUUGCGUUGCAGGCAGCUGCCGCCUCGGCUGUGUGCGGUCUGGUUCUAAUCGCUCCAUUUCUUAGCCUUCAGGAUGCCCUGGGGCAGUUCACAGGUAAGGCAGCUUCCAAGCUAUUGGUGAACAAGAUGUUCUGCAACCGGGAGGUCAUCAAAGCAGUCAAGGAGGUUCCUGCAGAUGAACUAGAGGAAACCAGUCCGGACACAGACAAAGAAGAUGAGGAGGCUGCAGAUGUGGAGGGGUCGUGGGCUUCUGACCUGCUCUUGGCCAUUUUGCGCUUUUACCGGAAGUUCAUUUCCCCACUGCUGCCCCCGAACUGCCGCUACGUGCCGAGCUGCUCAAGGUAUGGUAUCGAGGUGGUGAAGCGGUAUGGUGCACUGAAAGGCAGCGUGCUGUUUGCCUGGCGACUGCUUCGCUGUACACCCUUGUUUCCUGUCGACCGGAGCAGAAUCGUAUGGGCUUACGGCAGGUUCUGCAUGUCGGAUGAGCCAGAGGACUUCAGGAUCCCGCUGCGAACGGCCAAGACUGUGAUGCUGAAGAAAAAAGAGAAAACGUGCGACAAAAAAUGCUUCGUCAGCCCGCCUGGAAUGGGUCACAAUGAUGACCUGAUGGCAAGCGCUGAGCUGCUGUGGAGGCCUAUGGUCGAGUUUUUUGCCUUGCCAGCAGUGACCUCACAGUUCGUGGAGAGUCGCAAGACACUGCUAGAGCUUUUGGAAGAUCCGUUGGACUGGCGGGCGUUGCAAUGCGCGUGCCGCUGGCGUGCUGGACGGGACGAUCUGCUGGCGGAGGUGCAUCUUGACCCAUGGCUCCGGUCGGCGAUCAGCAGGUGCUGCCGAGCACUUGACAGGUUGCCGCGAGAUGAUCUGUUGGGUGAGCUUGUGAUGUCAGCCCAACUCAGCCGGGCCAGCGAGCGAUUUUUUGUCACGCUGAUGGGGGCGCACCCCAAGGGCCUUCAAAAUCCAAAGGCCUUGGACCUGAGCUGGUGGCACUCGCAUCUCGUUUCUCAACAAGGAAGAGUUCUGGGCUUCUGGCUUCGCAGCUCGCAGCUGGAGCAGCUCUCUUUGGCUCAGUGUGACGGCCUGCUUCGGGAUGGAUGUUCUUGCCUUCUGGAUGGCCUUGGAGAUGAACAUCUGCGCCUCAGGUCUUUCUGCUCGUUUUAA